AUGGCCACCAGCCAAGUAUGGAGGCUAAAACGCUAUGGGCGUUUCGUCCCAAGCCCCAGAGAGACAGGGGGAAAGCCUUGGAAGGUAUUUGAGGCAAAUGGCAGUAAACCUGAAAUUGUCCUUACAAUUGUGGAAUCUGGAUAUUUGCUGGUAUUGCAAGGACAGGAGAGCUUGGAUACAAUCCCGUUGCUCUGUGGCUCAGACUGUCUCAAAGUACACCAGAAAUCUGAUAACCUGAUGUUUCGAUUUACUGUGAAGGGAGAGAGCCGUAUGAUAAGGAUGCAGUUUGAUGGAAGGAGCAGGGCGGAGGCUGUAAAGCAGUGUUCAAGUGCUGUGGAAAAACUGAUGGAGUACACGUCUGUCACUACUCAGGAUGACGCCCCGCCGCCCCAUAAUCAGCCCCCUGCCGAAGUCUCUGCACCAGUGAUACAGGGAAAGGCUGUGGAAGCUGAGCCUGAGGUUGUCCAAGGAUCACUGUCCGUCAAGCGUCUGACGCAGCACUUCCUGGGAGAGACUACUGUCACUCUGCCUCAAGUGUAUCACCACGGUUGGUUGGCACAGGGUGACUUGGAGCCCAUCCUUCGUGUUUGUUUGCUGGAUCCCAGCUUUUAUGCAUUUGUGGAGAAGGUGGAGGGGGAGCUGAGGAAACUGCUUCAAGAGUGAAGAAUUCUAACAGCAGCUGAAGGCAGAU